AUGCCAAAACAACAAAGAGAACGUAAACACACUUCUUCAUCAAAUUCUACACCAUCGGGUGCUGCUGAUAAAGUUUCAAAGGAAGCAAAGACACUCCAAGCAAAGAAAUAUGUGGAAAAGGAAAGUAAGAGAAGAUUGAUUGUAGUUUUGGAAAAUUGUCCUCUUGAAGUUGGUAAAAUUGGAGAAAAAUAUAAAUUAUUAAACAGUGAUGAUCAUCGUACCUAUUUAUCAAAACAUGGAAAGAAUCCAGAUGAUUACAGACCUGAUGUCGUUCAUCAAUGUUUACUUUCACUUUUUGACUCUCCGAUAAGUAAGGCAGGUCUUUUACAAGUUUACAUGCAUACUGCUGAUAAUACAUUGAUAGAAGUUAAUCCACAUACUCGUGUUCCUCGUACUUAUAAACGUUUUGCAGGUUUGAUGGUUCAAUUGCUUUUCAAACACAAAAUCAAGGCAUCUGAAACAGAAGCAGUUUUGUUUAAAGUUAUCAAAAAUCCAAUUACAGAACAUUUACCAUCAACUGCAUUGAAAGUUGCUGCAGAAUAUAAUCAAGAAACUGUUGUUCGUUUGGAGGAAUAUGUUCCAGUUUUAUAUGGACCAAUGGUUUUCGUUAUUGGUGCCUUUGCUCGUGGUGAUUUGAAAGUUGAUUAUGUAGACGAAUAUGUUUCGAUAUCGAGUUAUCCAUUAUCAGGUGCUAUGGUUUGCAUGAAAGUUUGUUGUGCUUUUGAAGAACAUUGGCAAGUUCUUUAA